UUUGCUCAGAAUCCCAUCCUCUCCGAGCUGUUAACUUCUUAGCUAGAGCCACUGAGUAGUUCUAAUAAUUAUAGAGAUAUAAGCUUUCCUUUUAGGAGAGAGAGUUUUCUUGGGUGAGAAAGUGAGAGAAGAAAUGUUGGGAGUAUUUAGCAGCGCGAUCGUGUCGCCUCCGGAGGAGCUAGUGGCAGCCGGAAGCCGGACUCCUUCACCGAAGACCACGUCGACAACGCUGAUCAACCGCUUCCUCCAACAAAACUCCGCUGCCGUGUCUGUACAGGUCGGAGACAAUGCCCAACUGGCGUACACUCAUCAGAACGAGUCUCUUUUACAACCAAGAUCAUUUGCAGUUAAGGACGAAAUUUUCUGCUUGUUUGAGGGAGUACUUGACAACUUGGGAAGUCUGAGGCAGCAAUAUGGGCUAGCCAAGUCAGCAAAUGAGGUGAUCUUGGUUAUUGAGGCUUAUAAGGCUCUUCGUGAUCGGGCACCAUACCCUCCCAACCAUGUUGUUGGUCACCUGAGUGGGAAUUUCGCUUUCAUUGUCUUUGACAAGUCUACCUCCACCUUAUUUGUGGCUUCAGAUCAAUAUGGUAAGGUUCCUCUUUAUUGGGGAAUCACUGCUGAUGGAUACGUUGCCUUUGCUGAUGAUGCUGACCUGCUUAAAGGUGCUUGUGGCAAGUCACUUGCUUCCUUCCCUCAAGGUUGUUUUUACUCCACCACUGUUGGAGGACUUAGAAGCUAUGAGAAUCCAAAGAAUAAGAUCACUGCAGUUCCUGCUGAGGAGGAAGAGAUCUGGGGUGCCACAUUUAAGGUGGAAGGGCCAACAAUUGUUGCAGCCAGACAGUAGAAGAUGGUUCAUCCCCACUUAACACUGAAAUGUCCAAAUCUAUGCGAAGGAAUUCAAGUGGUGGUGGAUUAAAGGAGUAAAUGAGGGCAACAAAAUGAACUAGUGAAACAAAAAUGCCUGCGAGAAGUAACCCAAUAUAGCUAGCUAGCUCCUUAAUCCUCAAUUAGUGCUUGCUUUUUGUUUUGUAUCAAAAACUCUGCCUCAGCUUUUAUCCCUUGUAAUGUACAGCCAUGGUUUGUAGUUGAAUAAAAGUUUGUUUGAGGGCUUGUAGUCA